UACAGCUGGUCCCGGGGUCCGCGUGAGCGCGCUCCUCCCCCUGCACGCGCAUCGUCAUCGCAGCCCGUACCUGCCCUCUCUGCUCCUCCUGCGGUACAAAACCUCUACGCAUGCGAACUGACUGUCCCUUUUUUUGUUAGCAAGACAAAAGCACAUCAUGGCAGAUGAGGAUUUUGAAUGUGGGCACUCUGGGGCCUCCUCAACAUUCCCACAGCAGUGCUCUGCUUUAAGGAAGAAUGGCUUCGUCAUGAUCAAAGGGCGUCCCUGUAAGAUCAUGGAAAUGAGCACAUCCAAGACCGGCAAACACGGACAUGCCAAGGUUCAUCUUACUGGACUUGACAUCUUUACCCAGAAGAAGUAUGAAGAUAUCUGCCCAUCUACCCAUAACAUGGAUGUCCCACAUGUCACAAGGAAAGACUACCAGGUUAUAGAUGUCGCAGAUGGUUUUUUGUCCCUGAUGGAUGACGGUGGGGCGACCAGAGAGGACCUCAAACUGCCAGAAGGCGACAUUGGAAAAGAAAUCGAGAAGAAGUUUGAUAAUGGAGACAAUUUUAUGGUCACUGUGCUGAAAGCUUUAGAUGAAGAAAAUGUUGUUGCCACCAAAGCCCAGAAUUAGUCCAGGACAACACUGAGGACCUCGCUCUCCCUCCCGUGUGGCUUUGCAGCCACACCGAAGCGGCUGGGCCUCACCCCACAUCUCUACCGGUCCACUCGCUGGUCACAGAAGUCUGGGAAGUGGACGGGGUCAGCUUCAAUCACGAAGUUAUCCACCUGCAGCCGUCACUGCUUAAUUUUGCAAUUGCUACUGAUAUUAUUUCAGGAAUACCUAACAUUCCAGCAUUUCAUAACAUUAUUUUUAGAGUAUCGGUGACUUGUGUCUUUCUGUCUGCAUUCCUUUUUAAAUCGCCGUAAUAAUCCCCUUCUCUGAAUGACAUGUAGAGCUUUUGAGUUGGCUGUGAGCAUGUAUCCUGAGGUUUGUUUACAAUUGUAAUGCUGCACCUUGCUUUCCACUUAAAUUCUCCCCUAAAAAAAGGAUUUUGUCUCAACUGGUUUACUUGACACCUCAAACAAGCUCCAACUCAACAGCUCAAGUAACUUUAAAACAACUUCAUGGCCAGAAUAUGCCUUUCUGCCGUUGACAAUUAAAACGUAUGCAUGCAAACUUCUAAUUGACAAUUGACUUGUAUACACAUCCCCAAGCAGCUGUGAAUUUCUAUAAAACGUAAAUUACUUUGCAUUUCAACUGUAGCAAGGGACUCUGCUGUUUCGAUGUUGGUGGGGGCUUGUUGCACUCCUUUUCUCUUCUAUGCUAAUGAAACAGUUUUCUUUCACUUGAGGCCUUUAUGUAUAGACGUUUGUUUUAAAAGAACAAGACACUUAAAACUCAACCAUCAGUAAACCGAAAUGCUUAAGAGGAUUUGCACACAACAGUCAAAUCUAGAAGAUAAUACCACCGAGUUUUCCAGGUCUCGUUGCAGGAGACUUGUGCUGGAGAACCGAACACAUAAGUCACCAUAAAGCUGUAUGAUGGGCUGCAGGUGGGGAAGUAUUAGUAGAAAGUACACUAGGGGAGGUGGGACUUUUUGCCGUUCUAUGGGAUUAUUAAGCAUCAUGUGCAGAGUCCACACUCAAAAGUGGAUUCUUGCUCAACGUAUUUUUUAUGAAAUAAAGACAUAACAUUGGGUAUUUGCAAGAAGAUCCGAAUGUGUUCCACGCAGUGCACUAACAUAGUUGCUGUACAUUCUGGAAUUUUCUGCAUGUCUGUUUUCUCCCCUGCCGUAAAACUUGUUUAUUUUUCUCCUUAUUUAAGCGUUUGUACCAAUAGAGCAGUAAGGAGGAUAGACUAUUACAGUCUUGACUGUGUCUGUGUAUAACAAAAAUUCCAUUAGAAAAUCAAACAUUUAGAGUAAUUGCCUAUGUACACUUGUUUGUUUUUAGUCUGACUGCCCUCUGGUCCUAGCAAUACUUUUGCAAUUUCAAGCUUUGGUUGUGAUCUUGUGCUUUUGUAAAAAAGAAAAAAAAAAAAAAUUAAGUAAAAACACGUUGAAGCAAAAUCCCACCGGCUAAGAAAAGGAGUUAAACAUGACCUCAUGUUGAAAUCUCAUCAGCUGAAUCUGUAAACGUCUGAUGGUAAUAACACCAGAUGGCAACGGGUCCUGUUGUGCGGUAAACGCUACGACGACGGCUCGCAGUCUGUAAAGAUACCUGUUGGUGAUCAUAAGCACACAAAUCACCUCCAAACUGUUCAUAAAGCACCUUGUUCGUUAGAGGCACACGUGGUCCCGAGCACGCGCUUGUCUCAGAAUAGCAGAUUUAAGUGAUGGAAGCGCUCCAAAAUGAUCUAAGCCCCAAUAUCCAAUCAGUAGUGCUAAUUAUGAUCCUUCUACUCUAAACCUUCCUCCCUCCACCUCGGCAGCCCACGAGCAAGACGUGACUCUCCCCAAAGCCAUAUGUUCACACCGUGUUCCCCCUGAGAACGCGAUUACACUGUGAGGGACGCGUGUUGCUGCAGGAUCACAGCCCAACGCGGCGAGAUGAUGAUGUGCCACCAGGGCACAUUUCUCCCCCAGGUCUCCAAACAAUGAGGAUGGUGAACAAGUUAUUCGGAUUCACCGGUCUGGUUUUGGAGACCGUUCCCCGCCCCGCGUUGACAGUCUGCUUCACGUUCUGUUUGAACUCGAGUUUAAUUGUUUGCAACAAACUGAAUUGUUUGCGAGUAUCGACCACAGUGUAUUCUGUUUGAUCGGGAAUAGGUGACUUAGUCUGGUGAUUUAUGUUCCGUGUGUACGCUGUGGGGGGUUUCUGGGGUAUUUCUCAACUUUCCUUCCUUUGAAUGUUUGAUCCAAACAAUUUGUAAAAAGAAAUUUGACCUUCGGUUUAUUCUGGAAAAUAAAGAUACGUUGGCGCUGUUCUUACCAAUGUACAGUUGCUCGAUCAAAAUUCACAAGUUUUUUUUUUGUACAGGCUGAAUAAAGAAUCAGAUGUUCCUCGGCA